UUACCAAACAUAGUGUAAAACCCUGGAAGCGUCUAAAACCCUAAAUCAAAGCAACCAAAAUCCAAAAAUCUUUCUGUGUCUGCGUCUGUGUCUGUGUGUGCGUGUCUCUGUUGAAAUGGCUUUUGGUAGCAUGGUUCGCAGGUCAGCCUCGGCCGUUGUACUUGUAGCGAAUCGAGUCAUCGGAAGUCACCGGUACCACCGACACUGCUCUUCUUCUGUAUUCGGUGCCGUCGUCAAUCACUGCCAACUCUCUCGGACUUCAUUCCCGUCGGUCCUUCACUACUCCUCUUCCACUUCUAAGCGCCCCACUUCGGACGAAUCUCUCCUCCGAGUCAUCAUCUCCGAGAUUAAAUGCGCCCAAGACUCUGACGAUCAUGAUCAGGCUGAAGAGGUUCCAGAUAACUUUCCCUUUGAACUUCAAGAUAACCCAGGUCACCAGACAAUAUCAUUGACCAGAGAAUAUCAGGGUGAAACCAUCACUGUUGAAGUUCACAUGCCGAACCUUGUUACUGGUGAGGACGACGACAAUGAUGCGGACAAUGAUGAUGCUGAGAAGAAUAAUCAAUCUAGCAUCCCACUUCUUGUUAGGGUUUCUAAGAAGAGUGGACCUUGUUUGGAGUUUGAAUGUACUGCUUUCCCUGAUGAGAUUGCAAUAGACAGUUUGUCAGUUAAGGAUCCAGAAAAUUCUGAGGAUCAAAUUGCCUAUGAGGGGCCUGAUUUCACGGAUUUGGAUGAGAAUCUGCAAAAGGCUUUCCACAAGUAUCUAGAGAUUAGGGGAAUCAAGCCCAGCACAACCAAUUUCUUGCAUGAGUACAUGAUCAACAAAGACAGCAGAGAAUACAUGAUGUGGUUGAAGAACCUUAAGAAGUUCAUUGAGGCAUAAGUUUUUAGCCGUUAGAACAAUUUUGGAGAUUGUAUUGCACGACGUAAUUUUUUUUAUUUGUAUUUUCUGUUAUUUAUUUUGCAUCUUGAUCGACUGCUACUACUAUUUAUGUGCACCAUAUCAUUUAAGUUUCAAGUUACAUCAUUCUAGUUUCAAGUUAGUUUUAGAAACUUUCAUCAGCCCUCUAGGGACUUGGCUGAACUCCCAUGACUUUUAUUGGUGAUAUUCAACCUUCAAGGACAAGUUUAGAAUUGUCUGUUUCCUUCCA